CCGGCCCAGCCACUCCCGCUGGGCGCCCCGACGGGGUCCGGCCCGGGGCGCGGGGGCCGCGGCCGCCGAGGAUGGGGAAAUCCAACAGCAAGUUGAAGCCUGAAGUUGUGGAGGAGCUGACCAGGAAAACCUACUUUACUGAGAAGGAGGUCCAGCAGUGGUACAAAGGCUUCAUCAAGGACUGCCCCAGCGGGCAGCUGGAUGCAGCGGGCUUCCAGAAGAUCUACAAGCAGUUCUUCCCGUUUGGAGACCCCACCAAGUUCGCCACAUUUGUUUUCAACGUCUUUGAUGAAAACAAGGACGGGCGGAUUGAGUUCUCUGAGUUCAUCCAGGCGCUGUCGGUGACCUCGAGGGGAACCCUGGAUGAGAAGCUGCGGUGGGCCUUCAAGCUCUACGACUUGGAUAACGAUGGCUACAUCACCAGGAACGAGAUGCUGGAUAUAGUGGAUGCCAUUUACCAGAUGGUGGGGAACACCGUGGAACUCCCCGAGGAGGAGAACACCCCCGAGAAGAGGGUGGACCGAAUCUUCGCCAUGAUGGACAAGAAUGCCGACGGGAAGCUGACGCUGCAGGAGUUCCAGGAAGGAUCCAAGGCGGACCCGUCCAUCGUGCAGGCACUGUCCCUCUACGACGGGCUGGUAUAGUCCAAGGCCCAGAGCUGAGAUGCCUGGGAACCACUCGCCUCCCCCCGUGCCAUGAGGCCACCUCCGCCCCAACACCACCACCCUCCUGUGUCCACCCAGCCUUUCUCCGCAUCCAUGCCCCGCCGGGCUGCCCUGGAACCGCGAGGCCUGGCUCUCCUCCACCCGCCCCGCACCCACCCGCCGCCUGAAGCCACCGGCUCCAAUUGCCACCGACUUCUGCCUGUCCAGAAAACGACAGUACAGAUGGGAAAAGGCUCCAGCCCUCUGCAAAACCAAGGACUCGGCUGCUUCGCAGGCGGCCUCUCGGUCCCUCCUGCUCUCCUGCGUGUGUGCUUUCGUUCUUUAUUUCAAACAGACACUGAAAAAGGAAAAAAAAAAAAAAACCAAAACUACCUUCUGUCCUAGAAGAUUCAGACUGACAGACGGGGAGAAGGCCUCGGGGACGUCAAAGAACUCUGCCUCCUGCCUUGCCCUUGGCAGCGGGAGAGGCCACGUGGGGUCGGGGCGUGGGGGGGCCUGCCUGCCCAUCGUGAUUUGGCGCCCCAUCCUCGAGCAGCAAGACCACCUGCGCCGAUAGGAUGUUUCAUUACAAUGUUGAUUUUU